AUGGCCACCCCAGUACUCUCACCAUUAUAUCAUCACUUCCAAGCUAACAUGAACCCUCCGCGACACACAAAAGUCGCCGAGCUGAUGGCCCCCAAGCCCCGGCACGCACCACCACCACCAUCAUCAGUCGCCAACAAACCUCACACCACCGCCACCACCACCUCGUCCUUCGCCGGCCGCGACGGGCUGGGCGCCUACAUCGCCGACCCGGCCUCCUUCCCGGCCUCGCGCGUGAUCUACCACAGCGAGUCCUUCGUCGCCAUCCACGACCUCUACCCCAAGGCCUCGGUCCACGCGCUGCUCCUGCCCCGCUCCCCGGCCCUCGGCGCCCAGCACCCCUUGGACGCGCUCUCCGCCCCGGACGGCGCCUUCCUCGCCGCCGUGCGCGCCGAGCUCCCGCGGCUGGUGGCCCUCGUCGCCGCCGAGCUCCAGCGGCGCUUCGGCCGGUACAGCCGGCAGGACGCGGCCCGCGAGGCCGUCCUGUCGGGCGAGGCCGAGGCCGAGGCCGGUGGCGACGGAGGUGGAGGGGAGCUGCCGCCCGGCAGGGACUGGGCGGCCGAGGUGCGCGUCGGCGUGCACGCGCACCCGAGCAUGAGCCACCUGCACGUGCACGUCUUGUCGCGCGACAUGCACAGCCCGUGCCUCAAGCACCGCAAGCACUACAACUCGUUCAACACGCCCUUCCUCGUCGACGUCGCCGACUUCCCGCUCGCCGCCGACGACCCCCGGCGGCACCCGGGCCGGGAGGGCUACCUCCAGUCGGACUUUCGGUGCUGGCGGUGCGGCAGGACCUUUGGGAACCGGUUCAAGGCGCUCAAGGAGCACCUGGAGGUGGAGUUUGAGGAGUGGAAGAGGGAGUGA